CUCAGGUUUACUACAAAUUGGAAGCCAAAAUGUUUCACCUUCAAAUAAAAGAUGUUCUAAUAUGUCAUCUGCUUUUUGACAAGCAAGGGCACAGCGUAUAACACCUGGUUAGCCUCGUGUACUCAAUCAUUAAUGAUCCUCAGGAAGUCAAUAAAAAAACAGAGACGUAAAAAUCCUAGUUGGAGUCUAACUCAGAUUUCAGGUUUUGAAACUUUUUCAGCCAAGCCGUUCAGUUAAUCAUUUGCGUAUCUAGAACAAGACAGCAAAGCCUGAUGCACUCCAAACAAAGCAAGUUAUUCCCCAUUAUUUUGUUUGCAGGUACUGCACUUUUCCUGAAAGUACACAUCGCUUUUUCAGCUGAGCAUGGAGGCACACCUUGGACUUAUGAUCGAGGAAUAGCCGGGGCUAAAGGCCCGGAUGAAUGGGAAACUUUAAACGGUAACUGGUCUUGCAAUGGACGCAAACAGUCCCCAAUCGACGUAGUCACGGACCAAGUGAUGCAGAAGGACCCUACAAAUCCACCAAACCUGAGGCUAACAGUGGCUGGCAAUAAACCAAUCACCGGUGAGAUUAGGAACAAUGGAUAUGCGCCCACCUUUUUCGUUGGAGAAGAGUUGACGGUUAAGUUAGCAGGCGGUCUACUUCAGGAAAGUUACUUUAUGAAGCAAUUUCAUUUUCACUUUGGCUGCAAUGAUACAGUUGGUUCUGAACACACAAUUGAUGGGAACACGUACCCGAUUGAGCUACACAUGGUAUUUUGGGACAACACGAAUUAUGCGACGUACGAGUUAGCAGCUCAGGGAGAGGAUGGUCUGGCUGUAGUGUCUGUUCUCUACGAGCUGCCAAUGGCAAACAUUAAUACCGCACCAACAAAUAAUGCUCUGGAAAAAAUUGCGCUUCUUCUUAACAACGUUGUUGAUGAGAACAGCAAUUACGUGGUAACACAGAGCGAGGGUAUUCAUAUCGAGGACUUGGCACCAUUACUCACGUCCGCGGAUGUUGCUGACAGGUUUUACAAAUACAAAGGAUCUCUUACGACUCCCGGGUGUUAUGAAUCGGUCACGUGGUUUGUGAUGAACAAUCAUCCACAAAUAACAGAGAAGGAAAUCAUGGCAUUCCGAAAUUUGAAGAGCAGCAAGGCGCAUGCGCAAGGUCCAAAUGUUGGGCGCAUGUGCAAUAACUUUCGUAACGUUAUGCCACUGAAUGGACGACAGAUCCACAGCAAUAUAGUCAUAGAGUGAACAGAAAAUAUCCGUCUUCGCAUUUUUAAUAUCUAUAACAAGGUUGGUUGAAGUAAUAUACUAACGGGUGAAAAAACCCGAGUGGUAAAAAGAAGGACUGGUGCGAGUACACUUUAACCGCGGCUGGAAUGGGGCUGGAAUAGAACAAAUGUACUAUCACAUUAUGCUGCAAUGAGUUGUAUUAGCUUUCAUCCUCUAAGUAGCACGUUCGAGGGCAAGCUCUAUACAUCACUUGAAAGACGAACAAUUGGUUAAUGAAUGUACAUGUAAUUCAGAUGAUACAGACGCUCGUUCUAAUAAUAAAAAAAACUCGUGCUCUUCCAAA